AUUUUCCUCACGCCGUACGCCGGCGAGGCACAGCUGCCCGCCAUCACGGCGCUCAUCGAGCACGAGCUCAGCGAGCCGUACAACGUCUACACCUACCGCUACUUCCUCCACGCCUGGCCGCAGUUCUGCUUCCUCGCCUGGGCCGAGCAGGAGGCGAACUCGGCGGCGGCCGCCUCCACCGCCCGCACCCGCGCCACGCCCAUCGGCGUCGUCGUGUCGAAGCUCGAGCCGCACCGCGGGCAGCAGCUGCGCGGCUACAUUGCCAUGCUCAGCGUCGCGCCCGGCUGGCGCGGCCGCCGCGUGGCCACGCGCCUCGUGCACCUCACCGUGCGUGCGCUGCACGCCGCCGGCGCCGCCGAGGUCGUGCUCGAGACCGAGGUCGACAACGUGGCGUCGCUGGCGCUGUACGAGUCCUUCGGCUUCAUCCGCGAGAAGCGCCUGUUCCGCUUCUACAUGAACGGCAAGGACUGCUUCCGCCUGCUGCUGCCCGUGCCGCCG